AUGUAUCUUUGCAAGCUAACACCAGACAAUCUUAGCCAGAAGCUUGGAAAGAAAAUAGAUAUUGCCUCUGUUAAUGAGCUCAAGUUGGACUCAAUGGGCAUUAUUGAGGUGUCUUCAUUCUCUAGGUUGAAGGCUUUGGAGGAUUUGGACUUGAGCCAGAAUCGUCUACAGUUGCUCAGACAUAUCAAGGGUCUAUACGACUCGCCUGCACUCAAGAAACUCAAUCUCACUGGUAAUCCAGUGACCAAGGUCAAUGGAUACAGACUACACAUCAUCGCCAACAUACCAUCAUUGGAGGUACUCGAUGGAAAACCAAUCACAUCGCAGGAGCGUGAGCAGUCUAAACUGCCAAUUGUAAAGGACCCUUUGGCCAAUGCGAAUGAUAAUGAGGAGUCUGAUGAGGAAGAGGUUGUAGAGCAACCACCAAAGAAAGUGGCUGAGCCAGUCAAGCCAGUUGCCGCAACAACAUCAGCAGCACCAACUCCAACUCCAACUCCAGCUCCAACCCCAGCACCAGCAGUUGAACAAGCAAGACCAACACUGGCCACACCAGUCAGUGAACUACCACCUGCUUCAGCUACCACUGCUGCUGCACCAACAGUUGAGAGAAUCACCAAGCAAGUCAAGGAGAACCUGUUCGUCGCAGAGGAUGACCUUUUCUCCAGCGCUGCACCAAAGAAGAAGCCAUUGAGCUUCGAGUCCGACAGCUUGGACGAGUCACUAUUUGGAGCAGAUGAUGAUCUUAACAAGUUUGAGAAGAAGAAGCCACAACCAAAGGCUGCGAGCAAACUGAUUAUUGAGGACAGCGAUGACUUGUUUGCUUCGUCGACUACUUCAAGCAAGUCGUCAAAGGUGGACUUGGACGAUGAUCUGUUCAAGGACUUUGGCGAGGAGAAGGGUGGAUUGAGCAGCGAGUUUGACAUGUCCAGCUAUCUCGAUUCACGCAAGGACAGGAAGAAGGGUGGAUUGUUUGAUUGA